AUGGCCGACGGCUUUCAACCACCACCACCAUUAUUUUCGCCACAAUUUCAACAACCAACACAGAUGUUUCCGCCACAAUUUCAACCACCGAGUUUUCAACCUCGCCACCUUCAACAUUCUCCUCGAUUUUUAACACCACCGAAUUUUCAACCUCGCCACCUUCAACAUCCUCGAUUUCUACCACCACCGAUUUUUCAACCUCGCGACCGUCAUCCUCCUCCUCGUUUUCAACCUCCUGCGCGAUUUGAUAACCCUAACCAAAGCAACCUUCAUCCUCCUCCUCGAUUUCAACCUCCUGCCCGUUUUGAUAACCAUUAUCAAAGCGAUCUUCAUCCUCCUUCUCGAUUUGAUAACCCUAAUCAAAGGGCUUUUACAACAUUGCAGCAAGUAACUACUGAAACAAGUUCUGGAACAAAGGAAAACACAUCUGAAACAAGUUCUGCAACAACAGGAGAAACAACAUCAGCUUAUUUUUCAGGUUCAAAAGAUAUUUGGAACGAUUUAACAGAGGAUGAUAUUAGAGGACCUUUGACUGGAUAUACUGGCACUGUAGAUGAACUACAUGAACUUUAUGACAAACAUUCAAUACUUCUUGGAUUUUCAAUAAGAAAAAAACACAUUAAGGAGAGAUAA